GCGUAUUUCUCACAAAAACUUUUCUCUCUCCUUUGACUUUACAAUAAAAGAUAGUUGACUUUUCUCAGUAAACACCUUCCUCUUGGCUCUUGCAUCACCCAAAUCAAAUUCUUCUACUAAUUACCCAAAAAUACUGUAAUAAUGAUGUCACUCAAUAGAAACAGACCACAUUUUUUGAGAUUAUUGGUCAAUUUGAAGGUCAAAGGAGAGAGAGAAAAAAGGGUGAUUAGAGGAAUUAUGAGUACUGGUAAUGCACUGGAUGAGAUGACUCAAGGAUCCAACGGUGUUGGUGGGGGUGUUAAGGACGUGUACGGUGAGGAUUCUGCCACCGAGGCUCAACAUAUCACUCCUUGGACAGUAUCUGUUGCCAGUGGGUAUACAUUGCUGAGGGAUCCCCAUCACAACAAAGGGCUUGCUUUUACAGAGAAAGAAAGAGAUGCUCACUACUUGCGUGGUUUAUUACCACCUGCAUGUCUGUCUCAGGAGCUUCAGGCGAAGAAAUUUUUGGCGACUCUCAGACAAUAUGAAACUCCCUUGCAGAAAUACAUUGCUAUGAUGGAUCUUCAGGAGAGGAAUGAGAAACUGUUUUAUAAGCUUCUUAUUGACCAUGUUGAAGAAUUGCUACCACUAGUGUACACUCCAACUGUUGGUGAGGCUUGCCAAAAGUAUGGAAGUAUCUUUAGACGCCCCCAAGGUCUUUUCAUCAGUUUGAAGGAUAAGGGAAAAAUUCUUGAGAUUUUGAAGAACUGGCCUGAAAAGAAUAUUCAAGUUAUCGUGGUUACUGAUGGUGAGCGUAUCCUUGGACUAGGAGACCUUGGUUGCCAGGGAAUGGGCAUACCUGUUGGAAAACUUUCCUUGUACACAGCACUUGGUGGAGUUCGCCCUUCAGCAUGCUUGCCUAUAACCCUUGAUGUUGGCACAAAUAAUGAGAAGCUAUUGAACGACGAAUUUUACAUUGGUCUGAAGCAAAAUAGGGCUACAGGGAAUGAAUACGCUGAGUUUGCUCAGGAAUUUAUGUCUGCAGUCAAGCAGAACUAUGGCGAGAAAAUCCUAGUACAGUUCGAAGAUUUUGCCAACCAUAAUGCAUUUGAAUUGCUGGAGAAAUACCGCAAAACUCACCUUGUCUUCAAUGACGACAUACAGGGUACUGCCUCUGUGGUUCUCGCUGGGCUCAUUGCCUCUUUGAAACCACUGGGAGGAAACUUGGCUGACCAUACAUUCUUAUUUUUGGGCGCUGGAGAAGCUGGAACAGGUAUCGCUGAGCUUAUAGCUCGUGAGAUGUCAAACAAGACAAAUGCUCCUGUUGAAGAAAUGAGAAAGAAGAUAUGGCUUGUAGACUCCAAGGGACUUGUUGUUAGCUCUAGGAAGGAGUCGCUUCAGUCUUUCAAACUGCCUUGGGCACAUGAGGCUAAACCUGUUACAACUCUUUUAGAAGCAGUACAGGUAAUCAAACCCACUGUGUUGAUAGGUACUUCUGGAAAGGGAAAGACAUUCACUAAGGAGGUGGUUGAAGCCAUGUCAUCUAUCAAUUCGAAACCUCUCAUCCUUGCUCUAUCAAAUCCUACAUCACAGUCAGAAUGUACUGCUGAGGAGGCCUACACAUGGAGCAAGGGCCAAGCAAUAUUUGCCAGUGGAAGCCCAUUUGAUCCAGUCGAAUAUGAAGGACAUACUUUUGUUCCUGGACAGGCAAAUAAUGCUUACAUAUUCCCUGGUUUUGGUUUGGGUCUGAUAAUGUGUGGUGCUAUUCGUGUUCAUGAUGACAUGCUUUUGGCUGCCUCUGAGGCAUUGGCUGCACAAGUUACAGAAGAGCACUUAGCGAAGGGACUUAUCUAUCCACCAUACAAAGACAUUAGAAAUAUAUCUGCUAAUAUUGCUGCCAAAGUUGCAGAGAAGGCUUAUGAACUCGGUUUGGCUAGUCGGCUUCCACAGCCAGAGAAUCUGGUAAAAUAUGCUGAGAGCUGCAUGUACAGCCCUAAUUACAGAAAUUACCGUUGAAGAAUGUGGUUAUGAAAUUCCCUGCAGUUUUGGAUCUUCCUUUACUUGGGCUUCUUAGUCUAGUUAUCCUUUUGUAAUCUUUACAUUCUACUCCGGCUAAUUUUCUGCAUACAUUCCUUUCUUGAAUGUCUGCAGAUCAAUAUAUAGUGCUAUGCAUUGUUAUACGAGUAUUGUAUCUACCGGAUCUGCUAUUAUGAAUUAAGACUUCAAUUUUUAUAAAAUCCAACCAGUAUAUUGAACUUGGAAGUUUCAAUGAAAUAAUUUUGCUCAAAGCU